AUGCCAUUGAUUCGAAGCGCUAGGAACGGUUCAAUAGAGGGAAUCACCUUCCCUGAUGGCCUCGCCACCCCACUUCGCGACCUCGUUGUGCCUUCGAGGCGGCAGGGUGCCGGCAUCCGCGAGUUGCCUGAAACGGCCCGUUAUGAACGCCGCAGACCCCAGGACCCUCCCCCUCCCAUGAAAGCGUGUUCUGAUGCAGCUUCUCCUCCUGCGCCGCGUGGCCGGCCGACGCACAGAUUUGGACGCGCACAUCUGUCAAUAACGGCACAGAUCUCGCGCUGGGAUCUGAUUCUGACGGAAUUAAUACGCCCGGGCGUUCUUAAGGGACUCCCCGGCGCGAGCUCGACUUGA